AUGGCAGCAAUGUCGUGGGCAGACUUGUUGGAGCAGGAGCUUGCCAUGACUAUGGCAGGUGAAGACCCUUUCGAGAGUGUGGCCGAGGAGAUCAUCCCCUUGAUGCAGAAGGAUAUGCAUCCAAAGGGCAACAAGAAGGAAAGGGCAAGGAAGGCUCACCAAGAGAAGAUCAAGGAGAAGAAGGAAAUUGACCUUUACAAGCAAGUCAAGGUUGGGGAACAUGAGAAGAUCAAGAAGCAGGUUGACCUCAAGGAGGAGCAUGUCACUUUUGUGGCAGCCAUGCUAGGCUGCUCUACGUGCCUGCUGAAGGAAGGCGGUCUGGCCAGCCAAGAGGAUCUAGGUUCCUGCAUGGGCCUACAGUGCCUGGACCAGAUCCAGCUGUGGCAAGACUGCUGGAAGGAGAAGCUGGAGAUGCAGAACGAGGUGAAGCCAGAGAUGCAGAACGCGAGGCUGCAAGCAGCAGCAGGUGCAGAGACCGAGGACGACAUCAUCACACCUGAGGUAAUGCCACUGUAUUUCCUGUCGCCGGGGAUUCACAGCACAUAUGCCAAAGUGAAUCGGUUCAUGCAGCAAUUUAAAGCAGGCCUCCGGUCGGAGUCGUUGCGAAGGGCCAGCAGGGUGGGCAGAAUCGCACGACUGCUGCAAGCUGGGCUGGAAGAACGACGUGGGAACAUCGAACGGCAGCAAGAGUUCCUGCUGGAAGACGUGCUGCCAGAGGACAGCCGAAUGAGCUUGGAUCUCGACUACCUGUCGAUACCCAUUCUCCCGCAGUGCCUUCCACUUUUUGCAGACUGGUGGCAAGUGGGAGGCUCUUCGGUUAGAUCAGAUGGGCUGCCAGGUGGCCUGGAAAUCGCAAACUCUCCGUAUACUUUGCGAGUACACGUACCGGGCGGGUCCAAGGCUAGGAAGCAAAGUCAGAUCGGUGCAGUCUUCCUGGAAGAGCUGCAGAGGGAUGAGUACAUGCACCCAGUGCUCAUGCCUCCCAAAAGCAAGACUGACUUGCACAUAGCCCUUCACUCCAGGCCCAUGGACUCAGAUGUCCUUGCAAGACUGCUGACCAGAGUUUUAGACAGGUACUCCAUGUAUGGUGCAUUAGGGUCGGGACUGGGUGGCUACGCAGCCACGUGUCGAAGUGACCUGGUGUUGGGCGAAGAGGGGGAUGCUUGUCACUUGAAGAAUGCGAAGCUGUACCCCGGUGGGUGGGUACACCAUCUCAAAGCACAUGGAUUUCCACCCGUCCUGCUUCCAGAGGGCUACAAGGAGAGACAACUAUCGCAGCUGAAAGGAAAGGUUGAAGCAAUGGUAAACGACCUAACAACCAUCGAGUCGCCCAAGAUGGGAGGCUUUAGGGUGGAAGUCAGGUUGUGCCCGCUGGCGAACACCUGGCUACGUGUGAAGCAGCAGGUGGAAGCAACCGUCAGAGAGCUUGCCCAUCACACCGUCGCUGUCGAAGUCGACAGGAAUCAAAUCCUCAACAGAGCGACCGAGGCUCUGGAAGCUGUGGAGGAGCUUGGCCUGUGGCGACAGACGAAUGGUCGCAGAGAACAUCUCAUUCCGGCUUGGAAGAGAUUUGCAUACAUGAGGCUGGUCCACAGGAUCGGCAUCCACAACAAGUACAGCCACUGGCGAUGUUACAAAGCGGAUGUACAAGGGCAGCUCUGGUCGAAUGCACCUGGCUACACCGAGGAGUCGGCAGGACCUUCACCUGAGGCGAGACCAUCCUGUGAGCUUCAAUUCAACUCACCCUUGCCUGUGGGCACCCAAAUGGUUAGGCUGACCGACGACAAAGGCCGCAAUAGUUGCCUAGGCCGAGAUCAUGGUAACCAAUUUGAUUGGGAUGCAAUUGCCUCAGGGGCAGGAGACCCAAGGGCAGCUGAGCUACUGCAGCGAGUGUGCAAUCGCACGAAAUGGCGGAAGUCGAUGGGCAAACAAUGCACCGAGUUUCCACAGUUCACAGCCACGGGCACCAGUGGCAGGAUGGUUGGGUCACUCGGAGACAAUCUCGCAUCUGCAACCGUCAACUUGGUGGCAAGUGGACAGCACGACAUGGUCAACACUUGGUGA